AGCGUUUACAUUAUUGAUAGGGCCUGCUGAAGGCAGGCUGCGUUGGCAGUGCCAAGCUGGGAUUUGCCUGUUUGCAAGGACUGGAGUUGCUUGGAGAUCGUCGCUAACGAGGCUGUUGUGAGAGAUGUGUGGCUGCACGGCCAGCUCUGCGAACGCCAAGCAGUCCUCUGUCCCUCGGCCCGGCGUCACUCCCAGCAGGGAAACCGCUUCAGCCGCAGCCAGCAUGCCCAAACGCAUACCCAUCUCCAAGCAGCUGGCCUCGGUGAAAGCUCUAGGGAAAGGCUCGGACCUAGAAAAGGCUUUUGCCACCGCAGCCCUGGUCUAUAGCAACGCCGCCGACCCUGAAGGCAAACUCAGCAAAGCAGGAGCCAGGACCUUGCUGCAAACCCAGUUUGGGCAUUUCAUACAGGGCCAGGAGAACAAGCCAAAACACAAGGAAAUUAUUUCUGCUCUCGAAGAAGAUCUGGAUAGCAAACUCGAGUUUGAAGAUUUCAUGAUUUUGUUACUCAGCAUUGCUCUGAUGUCCAACCUCCUGCAAGAGAUCAGAAAUGUGAGAAACACCAAAUGAUCCAUGCUUGGCAAGAAGAAUGAGAGAUAUAGCAGUGUACAUAAGAGAAGUAGCGGCCAAGAGUGAGAUAGCAGAGACAGACAAUGCUGUAAAUAUGUCAGUACCUUAACGCUGUUUCCUUUUAAAUAGAACAAAGUCUGGGUCAGACAGGGUGGAGCUCGCUGUUGACUGGGAAGCCGUUAACUGAUGCAAAAGACUUUCGCUGUCUCUCUGUGAUGGCUGCAUUUCAACCAUCAUAGAUACCACAUUAUUUGUUGAU